AUGCAUGGGGAAGAAAAAACUAAGUCCACUAAUUUGAGGAGCAAUGUGACAUAUACAUCUAAUGUUUUUGAAAAAGAUACGCAAGAUUUUGAUCGUGUCGAAGAGUUUGAUCAUGUCGAAGAGUUUGUGAAUGUCAUUGAAGAGGAUAUUCGUGAUUGUCCUGGAAUGUUUGACAGACUAGUAAGUGAUUCAGAGAAACCAUUGUAUGAUGGAUGCACUAAAUUCACAAGAUUGUCCGCAGUCUUAAAAUUGUAUAAGUUGAAAGUAGGAAAUGGAUGGUCUGAUAAGAGCUUCACAGAGUUGCUAACUCUUUUAAAAGAUAUGUUUCCUGAGAACAACACGCUCCCUAGUCGAGCAUAUGAGGCUAAACGGAUGUUAUGUUCUAUUGGCACGAGUUACGAGAGGAUACAUGCUUGUCCAAAUGAUUGCAUUUUAUUUCGAAAUGAGUAUGCAUCAUUAAACACGUGUCCUAAAUGUAGUGCCUCACGAUAUAAGAAAGGAACAGCUCCAGCGAAAGCACUGUGGUACUUUCCGAUUAUACCCAGAUUUAGGCGCAUGUAUCGUAAUGCAGAAGAUGCAAAACACAUAACAUGGCAUGCAGAUGAAAGGAUUCUUGAUGGAAUGCUUCGACAUCCUGCAGAUUCUCCUCAAUGGGCAAAAAUUGACGAUGAUUACCCAGAUUUUGGGCAAGAACCAAGAAACCUACGUCUUGCAUUGUCUACUGACGGAAUGAACCCUCAUGGUAUCCAGAGUUGUUCUCACAGUACUUGGCCGGUGAUUUUGGUGAUUUAUAACCUACCUCCGUCGCUAUGCAUGAAGCGCAAAUUCUUGAUGUUGACUAUGUUAAUUUCUGGACCCAGGCAACCAGGAAAUGAUAUAGACGUAUACUUGGCUCCAUUAAUUGAAGAUUUAAAAUUUAUGUGGGAGACGGGUGUAGAGGUAUAUGAUGAAUGUAGAAAAGAACUCUUCAACUUGCGGGCUAUGUUAUUUGGAACAAUUAAUGAUUUUCCAGCCUACGGAAAUCUAUCAGGCUAUAUUGUCAAAGGAAAGCAUGCAUGUCCUAUAUGUGAGGAUGAUACAGAUUCAAUGUGGUUGGAGAAAUGUAAGAAGACUGUAUAUCUUGGCCAUCGUAAAUUCUUAAAUACCAAACACCGGUAUCGCAAAUGGAGAAAAGCAUUCAAUAAUGAAUCAGAAGAAGGUAGAGCUCCUUUGUCUAUAACGGGUGAUCAAAUAUAUGAAAAGGUAAAGCUUAUGAGCAAUAAAUUUGGAAAGCCUUUUGCAAAUGAACUUGUCACGGGAGGAUGGAAAAAAAAAUCAAUUUUCUUUGAAUUGCCAUAUUGGAAGUCAUUGUAUGUACGACAUUUCCUUGAUGUGAUGCAUAUUGAGAAAAAUGUUUUUGAAAGUGUCAUUGGUACAUUACUUAUGAUUCCAGGAAAGUCUAAGGAUAGCAUCAAUGCGAGGUUAGACCUGCAUCGUAUGGGGUUAAGAAACGAGUUGCAGCCAAUUAAGAAAAAGAACCGUACAUAUCUACCCCCGGCAGCUCAUACUUUGUCAAGAAAAGAGAAAAUUACUUUUUGCGAGUUUCUUGACGUACGGAGUUAA